CUUUAACCUAAAUUACACUAUUUCAAGAAAACAUGUAAGGCGCGCUAUUGUCCGCCACUGUGGCUCCGCGGACGAUGCGUCGUCCGCGCCCUACGCUUAGAAUCAUGGGAUCUGUUGGUAACAUGUUAUAUGCAGUCAGUAUGUCCUCAUCUGGUAAUAUUGCUGUUGGUGGUGAAGACCGCACUGUGACUGUCUAUGAUCCACGCAGAUGGUGUGCAACAUCUAGAUGGCUGAACUGUUCAAAAUAUGAGAUAACUGGACUUUGUUUUUCUUCUGUUGAUCCGAAUUAUUUAUAUGUACAAGGAGUUGAUUAUGAGAUUAUGUGUGGACAAUGGAGAGAAAGUGAGAAGGCAUUUUCAUUUAGAGGGGACUCAAACUGGCUUGGAUUUAGCAAGUGUUCCGAUAGGGAUAUUUUGGCUGGAUGGUGCGACUGGGGGAGCAUAUUUGUUGCCGAUGCCUCUGAGAAGAAUGUUGAUAUGCAUGUCUGAGCACAGCUGGAAAAUUAUCAGCCUGAAUCACGAAUCAUGUAUCGUCGACUGAGUUAAAAGUAGUGUCAGCCAUGGAAGA